AUGCCAAAAUGGCUGGUAUUCCAAAAUAGUCUACACAACAGACUACCAGUUACCUUAGAAUUAAAACUCAAAAACUAUCACAUAAAUAUUUCGUCUAUUCGUGCAUGGAACUUAGAAUCCUAUGCGCCCUCUUUCGACCAAGGUGUAAUUUCAAAAAGUUACGAUCACAUGAAACUUGGAAUUGCAGGGUUUUUUAUUACAGCUUCAGGACGACUUUUGUUCCAAUUCGCAAAUACUGCCACGGAAGUUGAAAUUAUGGGAACUAUUGCCGCCACUCUCUGCCCUUCUUUGAAAAAAAGAAUUAUAUCUUCUUGUUCUGAAGAAAAACGGGGAUCAAAUGAGUGGAAUGCGUUUAGACAUGCGUAUAAGGAUAAAUUUAAAGGCGAUAUCCACAAGGCCAGGGAAGCUUACCUUGAGCUUUCAGAUGAUCCUGAUAGAAGAGAUAAAAUGUGUGAAAUUAUGGAAAGAUUUGAGGUUUACAAGCUUUCUCAAAAAAGAGUUAAAGCUAAUACAUCUGCAGAUGAUGAUCUGAAAGAUCUGCAUAAAAAUCAUCGUAUUCACGUUAUUAUGUAUGGCGCAUUUGAAGAUCAAACAAUGAAGAUGGGAUGUUUUAAGUUUAUGAAUUCUGGUCUAGCACGGAAGUAUGAGGUUGAAUCCACAGAAAACGACAAGACUAAUACGGCUCUCAAAUUUCAGAAAUUUGUUCUACGCAAUGUGUCCGAGAGUAGAUGCGUGAGUAAGCGACCCAGGCAAGUUGUCGACCAUUCCGAAGUCCAGAGCGAGCCUUCAAGCUCAAAAAGACGAUUGUGCAAUAGCACACAAAUGAAGUUAGUUUUGAAAAAGGAUAUUAGAGGGUUGUUGAGGGAGAGCUUAAGAAAAGCAACGAAACUUAGUAAGCUGGAAACUGUACCCUGGGAUCAAGUUACAACCGAACAAGGAUUUAUGAACUUUAAGUUGGCCGGAUGGGGUUAUUGGAAAUAA